AUGAGGAAAGAGUACAACGUAAACAUAAGUUACGAUAAAGCAUGGCCUGCAAGGGAAACCGCUUAUGCUCUUGUCAGGGGUACUCCAGAAGAGUCAUACAUUGUUUUACAUGCAUAUGGUGAAGUGUUAAAUAUGGAGAAUUCAGGUACAAGGUUUGAAAUCGAACUUGAAAAUGAUGUCCAUUUCAAGUACAUGUUUAUGGUAUUAGGACCUUGUAUUAGAGGUUUUUCAAGUUGUCGGCCUGUGAUAAUUGUUGAUGGAUCGCAUCUGAAAGGAAAAUACAAAGGGACCAUGUUGGUCGGCAUCUCCAUGGAUAGCAACAACCAAGUUUACCCACUAGCAUAUGCCAUAGUGAACAAUGAAACUGAUCGAGCUUGGAAGUGGUUUAUGUCGAACUUGAAGUGUGCCAUCGGAGAACCCCCUAACUUGGUGUUUGUGUCUGAUCGAGCGGUAUCUAUUGGCAAUGUUAUUCGUGCAGUUUUUCCCACAGCAUUUCAUGAAUUGUGCACUUACCACCUAGAAAAUAAUAAUAUUUCCAAUUUUAAGGAUAACACGAUUGUUGGGAUGUUCAAGGAUGCAGCCAGGGCAUUUCGCAUGUCAGAGUUCUAA